AUGGGUAACGAUGGAGGAUCAAUUCCUAAGCGCCGCGAGCUCGUCAAGGAGGCUGCGCGGGCCCUCACCGUCAGCGAACUAAAGGCCAACGCCCUCGAGUCCCUCGGCCACGCCUGGGCCAACGACCCUCUCUCCAACGAGCCCCUCGAUAAAGAGAAUGUCGUAUCCGAUUGGCGCGGCCGCCUCUACAACUACGAGACCAUCCUGCAGGGCCUCAUGCCCUCUGAUGACGCUGCCGCCACACCCAAUCCCGACUCUCCAGAGCUCACGUUUGCCUCCACCGGCAUCAAGUCGCUGCGUGACAUUGUCAAGCUCAGAUUCCACCAAUAUUCCCCGCCGGGCUCGAAGAAGGCCAUCUGGGCGUGUCCCAUCUCGUCGAAGGAGCUGGGUCCCUCUGUCAAGGCCGUUUAUCUCGUGCCGUGCGGCCAUGUUUUCGCCGAGGUUGCUAUCAAGGAGAUUGGAGAGUCGACAUCAACAUGCCCCGAGUGCAGCGAACCCUUCGAGGCCAAGAACGUCGUCCCUAUACUACCCACGGAGGAGACGGACCUGAAGAGGCUUACGGAGAGGAUGGACGACCUCAUCGCUGCCGGGUUGACCCACGGCUUGAAAAAGGAAAAGAAGGAUAAGAAGGAAAAGAGCAAGAAGAAGCGCAAGGCCGAGGAUGCCGACGCCAAGGAUGAUGGUGAGGUACCCGAGAAGCGGAGAGCGACAGCUACCACAGACAGCGUCAAGUCGAAAACGAGAAACAUCAACAACCCCAUGGCUGCCUCGUUGACAGCCAAAGUCAUGGCUGAACAGGAGGAGCUGAGCAAGCGAAGAAAAUUGGCGGCAAAGGCCUAG